AGUGUACAGUAGCUUGACUUGGUCGUCAGGCUCAGUCGGGGAAUGCAGCUCGGCUGUCCUGCGAAGUUUUCAUGAACAAAAUAUUUAACUACGUCCGACUGAGACAUGGAGACAGCGGUAUACAUUUCUGUUGUAAAGUAACAUGAGACCAACAGGGAAACAAAGGUAAGAUAAACCCAAGUAUUUAUAUUCGUAGUUAUUGUCGUUGUGAGUAAAAUCAGUCAGAUCCGAACUUCCUCAUCUACGAGCAGCUAACAGUUCUUAGCUCUGUUAGCUUGUAAGUUCACCUCGUCAAAUUGUUGAAAGCUUUUGCCUUCAGUAGUGGAAAUUUACGGCGAUGAAGAAGGUCUUGGUAAACUCCAUCGAUUAUUUUAAUAUUUCACGGGCGAGUAUGUACGAUGCUGAGUCGGUCAGCAACUCUUGGGGCGAUUAAAGUUCGAUUAGCAUCCCGCUAGCCGAGUCUGAUUUCAUUACCUAGCAUGCUAACAGGGGUUAGCUGGAUGGAAAGUGUAAACACAGCUCGGUCCGACUAAGUCGAAGCGUCAGAUAACAAACAGAAAGUCCCUUUUCGGUAAUUGGGAAUGUUUCGUUAUGGUCUUGGUAAACAUGUAGGUAUGUGGUUUUGUUUAAUUUCUAUCACGAACAUGUCAUCAGUAUGUCUAUACAGUGUUGGCUGUCUGUAUUGACGCCUCAAAUACGUGAUCACUUUGACUAUUGAUUACAUAGCCACGUCUGCCAUAGAUUUCAUUUCACUCAAGGGUAGGACACGAAGGAAAUCAAACAAGUUAGAGAGGGAAACCGAUAACGAUACUCGAUAAAUGGCCAAAUGAUACAAUCGCGAUACAGAAACACCCGCAAAAGUGGAAGUCUGAUUGUGAUUGUGACUUUCCCGUUCAGCAAACACGGGCAUGGCUCAGCAAACAGAGGAAAGCUCACCUUUAAUGUUUCCCCAUUGUCUCUUUAGAGCCCAGUUAACAAUGUUUUCCUGAAUAGAUAACACGUCAUUUGUUGGGCGCAGUCCUUCCUUAUAAACUGUGACUUUUAUAGCACACACGCUAAAUUAAUCCAUGCCAUCUUCACUGGGGCUCUUUGUUUGUGAGUCAUAAAAUUGUGUUUCGUUUCGUUUUAUAGUCAGACUCAGACUUUCGGAGUGUUAGGGAAAGCGUUUCAGCUCCAUGUCUAGAAAUAAAGUGGGAUUUACAGGUUUGAUGAAGUGAUAUGUGUUCAAACCACAGCUUCAGUCUGACUCACUGACCUGACAGAGGCAUUUCUUCUAACCACCUAAAGUGAUCUAAGUUUAGAGACAGACAAUGACAGCUACAAUUUAAACAAUGAUUUAUUAUGAUUUUGUCUGAAGCUCAAAUAUUGACACAUUGUUUUCCUGUGAGCAAACCUGUAAUAAAGAAGGCAGGUCCUGUUUUUCAUGUCAGACAUUUACAUAAAGGGUUUGCACCACACCUCAAAUUGGUCUGCUCUAGUUUGAGUCACAAUGACCUAAAUUUCCCAGUCAGUUGUGUGUUGUGAAACAAUUAAACAGUAGAAAAUCAUUAUUCUACCACUGUGACAAUAAAAGAACAUUUAAACUAUAUUUUUAAGAGUAGAUUUCCAUCUUUGAAAACUAUUUUUUCAAGUUUUUUUGACAGUCAACCAAAUGAUUUCUUAUCUGUAUUUGUCCAAUUCAGUCAGGCAACAGUUAGUUGAUCCUGGAGCUAUAGAGUGAAGUAAACAUUUGCAUAUUGCAACAAUGCCUCUUGUCUAUCAACAUGGAUGCUUAUCUUAACUUUUCUUUGUACUUGAUGAACGAGCUGGCAAACAUUUGUGCACACUUAACAAUGGUAAAGACGUCAGUGACUCUGUAUUUGCUAGUUAGGAUUUACAGGUUACGCUCCAGUCAGUCAUUGUCUGUUUUGUAUUGUGGGAUAUAUUACAAACCGGUGCUUGUUUUUAAAAUUCUGACUGAUUUAAACCAAUAGCUUGAUUGAUAAUUUCCCACCUUGCCAGGCUAGUAGGAGGAAGUAUCCUAAAGAUGAUUGUAAAUACACAAUCGUGGGAACAUCUCACUGUAUAAAAUGUUUUAGAACAUGCUCCACGGAGUAAAUACAGGUUGUAGACCCUUUAAUUCUCUGCUUGAUCUGGGAUAUGUACCACAAACCUCUGCAAAGAAUCACAAAUGACGCAUGGAAAAAGUGAGUUUGGCCUCAAAAGCAUCUUUGCUCACUAGGGCCACUUUGACUGUUGAAAUCAGGGCUGAUACAAAGGCCAAAGGCUGAUUCCAAUACCAGGGUUUGUUUUUUCCAUUACCUCUUAGUUUUUCUUUGGGUCUGAUUUCAAAUGAGCUGUUAGAUUGUAUGUACUUAAACUGAUGUUAGCACUCCCCUCUUGACAUCUCAUUGAAACACAUCUUACAAACUUGAAUGUAGGCCUGGGCGAUUAUAUGAUCGUGAUCGAUGAUCGUGAUAAAUUUCAGUUCGAUCAUGGUGAUCAGCUGUGAGCAUAUUUACUUGAUCAAAUAUGGCGGAAAUGUGCGUGACAACAGCCAAUCAGAGUCAAGCUUUUCUUGCUCACUUCUGUUAGUUGUUGGAGAAGAAAACAGAAUAACCAAACGUGGAGCUAAACGUGGUGCUAAGGGCAGCAAAAUGGAUGUCAGUCUUGACUUUAAGUCAUCCUCCGAAGAUGUUAUUGUUGAGAAGAAAAGGUUUUCAACAUCGGUUGUGUAGCGGUUAUCUCCAAAGUGACGUCUAGCAAUUAAGCCGAUGUAUAAGGUAUGUUGGUGGUCGGUGCUCUCAAAAACGGGCAAUACAACAGAUCUGUUUAAUAAUUUCAAGAAGUACUUCCCGAGUGAUUAUGAGGAUUAUGAUUAUGAGGAAAAGCACGAAAAUGUCACUGCUGACGGCAUGAGUAGCAUUAGCAGUUUAGCCACAACUAGCGGUGGAGCCACCAGACCAAAGCAAUCAAUCCUAUCAUCUACGUUUACAUCAUCUAAUGUUUACAGUUUAAGGCGUCUUCAUUAUCCCUGAGGGGGUCAUUUGUUUAUUUUGGGUCUUACAUACCUGCAAAAACACUCAGGACUGUAAAUUAAUUCACUGUAUUAUUUAGUAUUUAUCUACAUUUGUUGUACUGUUGAGUUAAAAUGGGUUUGAUAUUUUUCUAAGUUUAUGUUACUCAGUUUGCUUUGUUAUUUACUUUGUAUGUUAAUAAAAUGUUGAACUAAUCUCUAGUUUUUUUAGUUUUUAGUACAGAUCCUUUAAAACUGGCAGUUUAAAAAAAAUCAUGAUAAUAAUCGAGAUCAGACAAUAUGACAAAAUAUAUUAUCUUUUUUUUUUUUUUUGCCAAAUUGCCCAGACCUACUGGAACAUAAUAGUUCCACACCAUCAACCUUCUCUUUGGUGUAUGACCUUAGAAACAAACUGUGGGAUUGUUUAAAAGGGGGAUUUCUUCAGCCCAUUGAAGAAUCUCAUCCCUGAAUCAGCAGUUCAAUAUACUGGCCUUCUCGUAUUAAAGCGAGGCCACAUAACACAUGAACAUUGACCGCUGACAUCAGUCCAUGACACAUACGUUACAUAUGGCUGGUGUUUUCAUCAAUGAUGCUGAUAUCAUUAUUAGAGUCACACACCCCUGAAAGUAGAAACUGCAUGUAUAAAUGGGAGAAACACUAUCCCCCUAUGUCAAGCUCUGUGACGACCUGGCAGCAAAGUCGAGACUCAAUUAGACGUGCCCCUGAUGCGUCCUUGUCAGAUCCCCAGCAAGUGGUAUUUACAUCUUUCUAUGUCACGUGCACACUGUGUCUUUUACUCUGUAGUUAAAAUAAAGUGCUAAGUGCAGAAACAGUUACAGUAAUCCAUCUUCAAAUAUAAACCAUGAGCUCACUGUAGAGUUCAGAUACAGUUGAAAGUACCCCGUCUUGUGUGUUUUAUAUCAGACUGUUAAGUAAACCAUGUCUGAACAGCAUCAGAGAAGGACACUCCAGUACCUCCUGUCCACAGUACUACUCUUUUUAACACUUUCACUAGCAGAUCAACUAAAGAGAGGUUCAUAAAGCCAGUGUCAGCUGACAGACUCAUGAUGACUGAUGGACUGUCCGAGAACAACUUGUUUUUGCUCUCGGAGUCCUGCGCUGUAAACGGAGGGGGCAGUUCCACUAAUACUGAAUUAUUUCCUCCUUAUGUGGAGGGUAAACAGGUUAUGUAAAAAAGAAAGCAGCUUUUCUUGCGAGUUUGAGAUCCAGUUUCUGGGCUCUUCCCCCUGUCUUAAAGCCAUAGUCCCUGAAUGCAUUGUCAUGAUCAGGAAGUCGGUCCUCUGACUGGAAUGUCUCCGGAAAUUAGCGUACGUGAUGAACGCUUUGCAGAGGAACACGGUGAAACACUCAUUUCCAGUGUUGGAAACAGAUUAUUAUAAGUAGUGUUUCUUUGAAGGAAGGCAAAGGCUGCCAUUACUUUCAGAAUUCCAGGAAGUGUACAUCCCUUUGGACUUCAGCAUUGACAAACACAGCAGUGAAACCUUUUUCAUGUUCUGACUAAACCAAACCUAAGCAGAUUUCUGCUGCUUUAGAGAGCACAAGAAUGUGUCUUUCUCACAAGCAUUUAAACAAAAUGUUAUGUAAUCCUUAACAACAGAUUUAUAUAUUCUGAAAGUUUGAGAUUAACUCUCUUUUCCUUGAUAGUUCUUUGACAUUUCAGCCGUCUUGUACUGCUUUUGCUCGCAUUUACAUUUGAAUCUUUCAAACCUAAACCAGGGCUCGACAGUGUGACCAUUUCACUCGCAUUUGCGACUAAAAAUAGAUGUGUGUGAAUUGUAAAAUGUAUUUAGGGGCACGUGCACUUAAAAGAAAUUAGCCGAGGCAAAAAUUGUUUUUCAUGUAAAUACCACAGUGAAGUUUAUUUUUAGGUUGGAUAUCUGACAGACAUACACUGUGGAUCUACCGGUGUCUUCUCACUCUCCACAACCUGGAGAUAAUAGUAACAGCAGCGUGGUUUAAUGUACUCGGCAUCCUGGCUGUCAAUGUCGGGUGUUGAAUAAGAGACUGUCAAUAUAUUACCAUGUCUGGUUCCACCAGACGAAAAUACCACUGCGCGGGGUCUGCCGCGCUGCCGGCGGGCACGAAAAUAAAGCCCCUAAAAUUGAUAUCAAAUAAUAGUACUUACGUCGACCAAUAAGACAAACAUUAUUUGAUCAAUUUUCAUGUGCUCCUUGUGAAAAAAGUUAGUGUCAAGCCCUGCUGAACUCAUGAUUUGUUUUUCGUCGCAAGGUACCCUGUUACAUUAAGUGUUCCUGAACAAAAUGGCAGUAGAACAUGCCAGCAGGUGAACACAUAUCAGCCGUUGCCUUGAGGUGAACGAAAUAUUGGGGCUUUAAAAGUAAAACCAAUCAAGUCACUUCAAGCUCUCAACUUGGAUACUACAACACAAGUGGUGACAUGUCCCAGUUUAGCUCCUGUGUUUCAAAGCCACUUUAGGGUUUGGGGAUAUGAUGCACUUUCAACCCAGCUGAAAGUGUAUUUGUUAUUCAAUAUUUCCAGGGAAAGAACAGCAUCUGCAGAGAGGAUGUGUUUUACUGCCUUUUUUUUUCAUGUGUGCUGCUGAUGUUUGUUUACUCUGGAAAUAGAAGAAGCACUGUGGAGCAAUAAUGACAUAAAAACUCAGGAAGGAUGUUCUUUGGGAGAUUGCCAUGUUCUGUUUAUAGUUUAUUAAUAGAAAAAAGAUAUAAAUGCAUUAAAAAAAAGAAGGGUUUUAUGUGCCAGGCAGCGCAUACUCACAGAGUUGCAAUAUAAAUCCUCCAUUUCUGUUUGGUUAUGCACCUAAUUGUCUCUUUACAAAAUUACAGGCAGUGGGAAACCUGGAUUUAUUCUGUUUAUUGCUGCUUAAGGGCCAGCAUGUUAUUGCUUUGUGGCCAGAAAGGUCUUAUUAAAGCCAUCACCACUACAGCCUCAAGUGACACAUCCAGUUACUAUUUUCUUUCCACCAUGUCAGCACAGGAAUUAUAGUGUAACUCCCUGAAAACUCACUUACCUUUCUCUGACCUGUUUCUGUAGUUUAAAUAAGUAGAUUUCAAGUGUUGAUCGUGACAUAGCAUCAUCUGAUGCAGAGCUGGUGGUUCCUCUUAAGAGCUGACGGAUGGUUGAAGCCAUUUAUUCAGCCGCAGUGAGCUUCCUGCCCUCGGGGUUGUCUUGGGAACUAGGACACCAUCCCAGUGUGCGCGAGCUGGAGUUGCAUAUGAUUGCCCCGAAGCCACAGAACUUGAAUACAUAGAUGCAUGUGCACACUCAAACGCUAACACAUACAUGACCACAGUCACACGGAAAGUCCCGCUUAUUCGGCGCAGGCUUUUCCAGUUUAAUGACACAGUGGCAGUGUAAUUUCACAUUCACUUGCGGGUAGCCCUGAAAUUGCUCCUCUCACUUGUUAAAGUUUCCUCUCGCUCAUGUGACUUUGCGAGUUGACCUCAUACAUCAUCAAGCUUUGUUAUGAUGUGGAAUUAUAGUGUAAGGACAUCACUUAAACCAGCUGUACCAGAAAAGCCUCACAGUGGAAGUUCUACUCACGGUCGCCGGCUUAAUUUAGGAUUAAAACACUCAGGGAUGACUCUGGAAAAGUGCUAUUCGAAUGUUUCCAGUGCUUUCUAUUUCAAGAGCAGAGUAUUUAUUUGAAUAAAGUAUCAAAACCAGCGAGGACAAAGAUGCCUCUUUAUACUGAAGUUUCCCAGGUCUGUACCUGUUCAGAGGUUACAGUGAUGUUUUUAGAGAUUCGGCACAGUUCCUCUUUGGACUUGUUUGUAUUCUCAGCAUAUCAUUUUAGUAUCUGGUGUCUAUUUUAUCCUCAAAUUGAUGCUGAAUGACUACUAAUCUAGAAGCGUUCUAAACCUCCGUCCCAUGUCAGAUGGAUCAGGGAUGUUAUAUUUCAUCUUAAAUUGGAGAGGAUUGAGUUUAGUCUGAGAGGUAACAGGGAGAAAUUUGAUCAGGUUUGGAUGCCUUUCCUGACUUACUUAGACAACCUCACCACGAUCACAAACUGGGAUUCCUCCUGACCCAACCCUAGCUGUAUUUAACAUAGGAUGAAUGUACUUAGAUCUAUGUGUACUUAAAUCUGCACAUUUGGUGAACAGUGUUGAUAUGGAAUAUUGCGCUUUAUUUAUAUGUAGUUUUUUUUUAAUUAUUAUUAUUUUAUUUUUAAAAUUUUCUUUCCCAUUAUUUAAAUUUAAUUUGUAUUUCUCUUUCUGGGCUCUGUUUUUUUAUUUUAUUUCAUUUUAUUUUACUUAUUUAUUAAUUUUUUGCAAUACCCUUUCUUUACAUCAUAUGUUCAGGAUAACUUGCAGUGUAAUUUAUCUUUAUUAUUAUCCUUAUUUUUACUUUACUUAUUUAUUUAUUUUAUUUUUUCUUUCUCACUUAAUACUUCUUGUUAGAGGAUCUGGGAACGGGGGGUGGGCUGUCGGUGUGAAGAGCAGUAGCCUACAGUAUAUCUACAGUAUACUGUAGAUAUCUACAUUAUAUAUAUAUUUUUUAUAACUUCAUAAAAAUAAUAAAAAAUCGGCAGAUUAAUCGAUUAUCGGAUUAUUUUCUCCCCUAAUGAUCAGUAUCGGCAUCGGCCCCCAAAAAUCCAUAUUGGUCGGGCCCUGCUGAAAAUGCCAAUAAACAGAUUUUUUUUAAAUGAUGCUGAAAGAAAAAUAAAGGAAAUGCUUUUAUCUUAAAUUGAUCUGAGUCACAGUAGGAAGUGGAUUUAAAUGCUUUACCCAGGUUCCUCUUCCUCUCACUCCCAUUGACUCCCAGUAUGACACACGUACAUCAAGGUACAGGGGGAAAAUGUUUGCAGCUCUUUUCUGUAUCUUUCUGAUGUUAUAGAGGAGUUCUGCGUUGUGUCAUGUCUGUGGAGAGAAGUAUAGUAGAAAAAGUGACAGUUACACAGUCAUUAGUGUUCGGAUUAGGGUUAAAAUUGGCUUAAUUACAUGGUUGAGUGGACCUUGUCUAUAGUCGUUGAUAGCCUAGUUUCCACGUCAGCCCUCUGGCCGGUUUCACUACAAAGAGGCCGCGCUGACCCAGAUCCCCUCUGGGUAAUACACAUAUUAUUGACAAGUACCUCAUACAACCCCGCGUUAACAAAAACAACCUUUUGGCCUGAGUUUGUGUGGAGUAUUAGCAACAUCUGACCGCACAAACCUGAUCCAACUGGUGAAACCGUGGCUGUGAAAAGAUCUCAUUUUUCUAUGGCUGAGUGUGUUUCGGUUACAUUUUCUCUGACAGGGACGAACACGUACAAACAUGCUUAGUUUCAUGCCACCUCUGGGAUCUCAUGUCUUGUUCUGCUACCCUCUGGUGGGUUGCGCUUUGCUCGUUUGCAUGUGUGAACUUGGGUUUUUCAUUGUGACUCUUAAACUUUCAGAGCGUGCAAUUAAAACACUUCAUACUUUACAACUUUGCUCCAGCGCCAAUGAGGGCUGAUGAGAUGUAAUUAUGGUUUUGACUGUUUUUUAACUGUCAUGUAUAUUUAGUUCACAGCUAAGCACAGGUCAUCUUUACAUUCAAGUGAGUUUCAGAUUAUAGUCUGCUUAAUAUGUCUGCUUAUUUCAGUUUUUUGUGAGAGUAAUGAGCGUAUCUAUCAUGUUUUACAAAGUGACAUUUCAAGGCAGGAUAUUCAGGCCCAUGUGUUUAGGCCCUCUGAACUCCCUGUUUGAGGUGGUGUCAGAGGCAAAGUGGGGGAAAGGACAAUAAUGAUGGCGUAACCGUGGAGUUUUCAGGGUUCAGAGACAUUUCACGGUGUGUGUACUACUGCACACCCACUGUUUGUUUACAAACCAUGACUCUGAAAAUUCUGCAAUACUGUGAUAUGAUGUAGACUCACAUACUUGGAUGACAAUAUUUGAGAGUUUUGGGGUGCAGUGUCUAAAAGUACAAAGUUGUUUUGAUGGUGGGACUCUGUUUCAGCUCUUUAGAGGAAUUCCACUUGGAACAAACUGAUGUGUUAUCACUGUGUUAUCGCAGCCUGUCGUUACUCUGCGUAUGACCUUUAAAGUAAAGAGAUUCAAUGUUUACACUGCCUGCACUUUAUAGCUCUUUUAUAGUUUUACGAUCAAAGUGUGAGGUGUGAACUAAAAGGGAACACGUUGUGGGAAAGAACUUGAUGAUAACUGGUUGUUCAUUAGGUGUUUAUUAUUAAUACUCAAGUUCACGUCUUGGGCCACUUGUGAGUGAAUCCUGAUGACCACUCCUUAUAUUAUCUUUGUGAGUGUAAAGUGGCUGCUUGACAGAAACAAGCAAAACAAACAAACAAACAAAAUCUUUAAAUGUCAAUGUAAGGUUUGAAGAAAUGAGCUGAUUUUUUGUUGUUUAAUUUGUGUCACCUUUACAUGUUACAGGUUGUAGGGAUAUCUUCUAAUCUUCUAGGGGUGGGAGAAUAAAUCGAUUCACAUAAAUAUCACGAUUUUUUGUUUUACAAUUUCAGAUAAAUUUUUCUGUUCAAAAAAAAUAUAUAUAUAUAUUUUAAUUUAAGAAUAAAUCUUAAAAACUGACUUACAUGUGAUGUGUAAGUCAGUCAGUAGACAAUCAUAAUCAUUCAGCUGUUUCACUGGUGUUAAAAAUGCAGACUAAAAAUUGAGAAAUCGACAAUAUCAUAGAAUCACAAUUUUAAUCAAACCAGCAUCCAAAAAAUCGUAGAAGAAUCGAGAAGUAGUAGUAGUAGUAGAAGAAUUGGGAGAAAAGCAUAUCGUCCCAGCCCUAAUAUCCACCUCACACUUUGCUGUGAUUUUUGUCACUAUGGUUUCUGUGCAAUCACGACUUCUCCUGAGCCGUGCAUUAGCAGGGCAAGUUAGUGUAGCUAACUAGAACAUGGCAGAUGCAGAGGAGGACGAGAUGUCAUAUUCUGAACCCACAUGGUCUUUUGCCACAAACAGAAUCUGUCUGCAGCCUCUGCUGAUGCUGACUUUGAAAUGUCUCUCUGAUUGCUUCAGCAGGGGUCGUAAAAACGAACUGCUGCCUAUACGUCAUUUUUGAAAUGAGGGAAAAACCGCAGCCAGUCAUUGAGAGGUUUCUAGGUUACGAGAGUGAACAUUUGCACCUUUGCAGGAUUGCUGUCCCAGUUGAGAUUUACAGUGAGCUGGUUAAUUAGCCACCUUUUUGGCUCCUACUGGAAUUUUCCUGAAAUUAGUCCCUGAUGACAAACACACACAAACACAAGCAAAGCACGUGCAAGAGCAGAAGGAGCAAAAUCAAUCUUGUCUUCAUUUUGCCGGUAAGAUGUAAUUAUAAUUUUGUAAAGUGAAUUCGCAAUUAUACUUUGAGGACUUGUCUAGGGAAGGGCAUGUCUUAUAAAAGCUUAGAUAUUAAGUUUCUUCUAUUUGUGGAGUUGAUGGGAGCAAGAAGGUCCUGGGUUCGAAUCUGGGUCAGGGCAUUUCUGUGUGAAGUUAGCAUGUUCUCCCUGUGUCUGUGUGGGUUUACUCCGGGUACUCCAAUUUUCGUCACCACAUCCCAAAAACAUGCCGAAGUAGAGUUAGCUUAAUUGGCCACUUUCAAAUUGCCUGUCGGUGUGAAUGUAAGCGUGGGCGGUUGUUCGUCUCUAUAUGUCAGCCCUGCAAUGAACUGGCGACUUGUCCAGGGUGUCCCCUGCCUAUACCCGAAGAUUCUGGGAUAGGCUCCAGUCCCCCUGCAACCCCGGGAACAGGAAUAAGCGGUAGAAGAUGGAUGGAUUGUCUAAAAAACUUGAUAAUUCUGAUCCAAGAAGUUCACAAGAGUUUACCUUACAAUGGAUACAGUCUCUCAGCUGGAGGGAACUGAGUGUGUUUGUGAAAGAUGCUGCAACUACUGCUGAAAUCUUUACACCAAUUAAUUAUUUUGUUUUCCUUUAUUUGCUUUAAUAUUAGGAUGUAGAAAAAUGAGGUGUCAAAACCAAAAGGAAAAAAAAAGAGUUUUGCAGGUUUUCUUGUAACAGAUAAGUUGGAUGAAUGUUGAGGCAUCUGUUAUAGAUAUAGACACGAACAAAUCGCAUGAUUAUAAAGCCAUAUUCAAACCUACAACAACUAUUAUUGAUGUAGAAGCUGAUGUAUUUUGGAUUUGUCUCACUCUGCAAAAGCAAAGAGAAAAAAAAAUACAGGUCACCACCGUGAACGUGUUUAAGGAGUUUAUUCUCAAUUUUUUCCAAAUGGAUCUCUGGUCAGUUAAAGCUCAUUUAUGUCUUAACUUCAGCAUGUGUUUAAUCGCAUUCUGGUGCCGUGGUUGAUAAGAUGCUCAUGUUGAAAUGAAGGAUUAUACUGCUGUUGUGAAAAUCAGCCCACAUUUCUUUGUUUUGUUUUAAAUUAUGUUCAAAUGUAGGGAAAACAAGCAUGUCCAUCAGUCUGGUAGGGAUCGUUCAGCACCUUGGAAGCCUGCUUCUAAAUUCUUGAUGGGCUUUUGUGUAGCUGGUCUUCCGCGUAUCAACCACGAGUAAACUAAAAUGUCGUUUUCUCUGCUCUGCUGCUCAGAACAUGUGGAAGCAUUCAAGGCAAGGUGUGGCAGCUCCAGAGACGCACUGACACAGCUGUAGCAACAUCUGAGAUUUAGGAUGGGAAAAACACUGGGUUUUGUCUUGUUUUGCCUUCAGAUGAUUAAUGUACACUCAAGGGGGAAGCCUACAGUCAAUUUAUACCAGCAGCUUCACAUGCACAAACACAUACGCAGGAGAAACACCUCAGAAAGAGCCCGAGGUCAGCCAGAAACUCUGAAUUCUCAAAGCGACGGUCUCUUUUCAGCCCAAGAAAACGCCUCAUUAAUCGCUUUAUGUCCCAGAUUUGAACAGAUUUUUGGUGUUUUAUAUCUAGCUGACCUUUUAGAUCGGUUCUGAGAGAAAUCCCCUUUUUAGGUGCUUCUGUUUUUGCUGCAGACUGUUAAAUUUUAAUCGUUUUUCCUCUUCUAUUUCAGGUUUGUGUCCUACAUCUGAAAAUCGACACCUUGUUGCUGGAUUUGAUCGAGGAACAGACCACUCGUCAGACUUCCAGAUCUCCUUUAUCAGCUUUCAGCCACCAUGUCCUAGCUAACAGCAGCCCAGUCCCCUCCCUUGACCAUCCUGCCCCAGUCCCUUAAACCCCAGUCCCUGUCCUCCAUCUUUAUCCCUCUCUCCUUCUCCUUUCCUGAUGUGGUGAUUUCCGGUUGUAGCUUCCGCAGGGUCACUUAGCAUCCAGCACAAUGAGCAGCCUUCACCAGCAGCAUCAUGGCAGCACAGGCUCAGAGCGAGACCUUCACUCUGCUGCCUCCUCUGUCAGCCUCCCGUCGAUUAGAAAGACCCCCAAGAAGCGCCGUCUUUCCCUCCACUCCCUCUUCAGUCGCCGACGCCGGCAUGAUCGCGACCCCAAGCGCAAAUCUAGGCCUCCGCAGGGGGCAGCUGGGGUGGAUGGAAUCGUCAGCUCAGAGAGCGUCCAACCAGAGACUCUCCAAGACAAAACCUCUGCGCAGUCUGCCCUCGCCGCCACAUCGACUUCAUCAGUGUCAGGAUCUUCAUCAGAGCUCAUGGAGUGCCCCCUGUGCCUCCUGCGCCAUGCACGGGACCGCUUCCCUGACAUCAUGACCUGUCACCACCGCUCCUGUGCAGACUGCCUGCGGCAGUAUCUCCGCAUCGAGAUCUCUGAGUCCCGCGUCAACAUCUGCUGCCCAGAGUGCUCUGAGCGCUUCAAUCCCCACGACAUCCGCAUGAUCCUCGGGGAUCGAGCCCUCAUGGAGAAGUACGAGGAGUUCAUGCUCAGGAGGUGGCUGGUGGCCGAGCCUGACUGCCGCUGGUGCCCGGCUCCUGACUGUGGGUAAGUACGAGAGCGGAGAGACCUCACAGCGUAAAUUUGACAUGAUAAAUGACUCACCAGUUGAAAGCUUAUGAGAUCUGAUUUUAAGUUUAUUAUAGUGGAGAAGUAACAUGCUGACUUCGAAAAGUUUUGGCCUUUUGGACAGAAAGACUCGUCACUGAACAGUAGGGACAUAUUUGAGUUCUGAUCAUUCAGCACUAACAGCAUUUCUAAGCAGGCUGAAUUUACAGGGUCUGAUUAAUCCAGUCGUUUCAAACAUUUUAAAAUUCAGGGCCUACACAAGUAUGGCAAGUAUGGAAAAGUGUGGAAGUAAUUUUAUGAAUUUCCAGGUCUUAAAAAGUACGGUAAACAAAAAAUAAAGUAUGGAAAAAUAUUGAGGUUUCCAGACUAUCACCACAGUAAAAAAAAAAUACUGUUUUCUAAAGAAGAGGAGUAGGUAUCUCCAAAAAUAAUUCUAAAAAAAUUGGGUAUGGAAAAGUAUGGAAAUCCCAACUAUGUAUGAACCCUGUUAAUUGUUUCCAAAUCCACUUCAGCUCAUUUUCGAUCAUUCAGAAUCUCUUUUUCGGUUGCGCUGAUGUUUUGUCCUCCUGACAGAACAAACUCGUAUGUCCUAAAAUAACAGAAAGCACUCACAUUCAGAAGAGGUUCACCUCUGCUUCUGCACUGAUGUCUGAGUUAAAAAUAACCGAUCGCGUUAAUAAACCUCUUUGUUCUGUCUGGGUGAUGAGUCAGCCAAAGAAGAUGCAAGAACCCUGUGAUGAUGACGACGCCUACUGCUGUCUGACCACAUGUGUAAUUUUACAAACUGUAUUAAAGGCUCAACACGGCAGACAUACAUGUGGCUCACUAACUUGUAGCGCUGAACUGUAUAAAGGUCUCCGAACCAAAAUAAAUAAAAUCAUGGGGUAAAAUAAUUAAAAAUAGCUUAAAAGUUAAUGAUUCCUCUAAGGCAUGUUUCCCUACCUCCAGGAAAAAUGAACAAAACAACCAAACACACUUUCAGUGAGUGAAAAUACAAAGCUAUACUUGGACCAUUGUCAGUUCAGAUCAGAUCACAGAGGUUUCCAGUUUCUUUUCCAAGUAAAUCAGUGAUAUGAAUUUUUAUAGAUUUUCUCUUUUUUUUCCUCACGGUUUCGGAGCGUUGUUUUCUUCCAGCUUUACUCAGAAGUUUAAGGAUUUUUCACCAAUUAUUGCCUCUCCCUGGAAGACACUGUAAAAGCUUUUCUGAAGUGGCCUUUACAGCCCUUACUAGUCUUGAGAACCGAGCGAUGAAUAUCAUUUAUUUAACGCUCGAUGAGAUUCUGCAAGCCCAUUCCUUCCGCUUCUGCUCCAAAAACAAGAUGAAACUAUUUCUCUGGUUUCCCUCCUUCACAAGGAGGUGCCGAGUGUAAAUGAGGGUCAGGUCGGGGUCUUGAAGGCUCCAGUAGGGCUUCAACAGUUUGCUAACGGGGGCCUGAAGAGAGGCCAAGCAGGUUGUUUCGUCUCCGUCUACUGUUUGGUGCCUCUUAAAGCAAAGUCUACCAGCACGAACACACAAAAAGCUCAAUCACAGAUGCUGAGUUUUUUGAUGUGUUGUGCAUCCUGGAGUUUGUUCUUAGUAGCCCACAUUCCUUGCAUUCAGACGCCGUGGUUCGUUUAGUAUUGAACGAUAGCAGGAUUCAGUAAUGACUUCACUCUCUCUUGGCUUUGUUGCAUCAACACUGCUGACCCUGUCUCUCAGAAUAAUGGCUCUUUCAUGCGCCUGUUUCAGCUCUUCUCGCACUCAUCAUCUCAUCAGUUAAGCUUUGGCUCCACCGGUAAUGCUGACAUUCUUUGAAGUUAUACAACCCUCGAAGUUCUUCGAGAUUCUCAAAAGCUUAUCUGAUCAUAAAAGUGGAGCACUGGGUGUCAGCGGAGAACACUUGAGAACUGAAGUUGUUGAUAGGUAAUGAGGACGUAUUGGUAUCAGUGAGGGAAAGCACAAGCUAGUAAUAAAACCCAACAGGUUGACUGCGAUGAACUUUGUGAGUGACCCAGUCUUGACAAAAUACUGUGAGGGUAUAUAAUUCCUGCACAUCUCUACUGCUACUCUCAUGGCCAAAGUGUGUCAGUAAAAUGAUGCCAUGACAUCAGAUGCAGCUGGUGCCUGGUUUUAUUGUCUCCAUGUGACACUGUGGCACAAAAAAACACCAUCUGGGUCGAAAUCAACACAAUUCUCUGAACUUUAAAUCUUUUUUUUUUUCUCCCUUUAUUUUGCAUUUUAUCCAUUUUUCUCAUGAUUAUGUUUACUAUGUAAUGAUGACGCUGCUGUUUAUUUAUUUAAUUAAUUAAUUAUUAUUAUUAUUAUUAUAUAUAUUUUUUAAUAAUUAUUUUUUUUCCUCCCCUGUAAUCGCCCAAAUUCAAUGUUAUCCCUAGGACAAGAGUUGGGGCAAGGGUUGUGGAUAAAUGAUUAUGUAAUGAAAUAAAACAAAAUAAAAAUAUGAUCACAAAAAAUAAAAAAAUAAAUGAAUUUUUAACAUCAGUUUAAUCCUAAUCUCAGAGCAGGAGCUGAAACAGAUCAUUUUUGAUGUUGAUUAAUUUCUCCUUUUUCUACAUUAAUUAUUGAAUCAGUAACAAAUCAAGAAUUCUGUUUUUUAUUUUCUGUUCAGCUAAAUAAAGCUCAAAUCCAUCACAAUGCACCUUCAAGUUCAUAUUCAGCCAUCAUGGAUGAUUAUUUACAGAAGUAAAACUUCCCUCUCGACUGUUUUCACUGUUUAUUUCCUGGUAUAAGCUGAUGUAAGUCUGUUUAAUAGUUUAAUAUUUAUCUUAACCAAGAGAUCAUCUCAGUCAUCAGCUUUGUUUAUCAACCAGCAGCUGUGGAGGUUUACACAUCAGAUGAUUCUGCUGCUGCGUAUGAUUUUCAGAGACUUUGUCCUGGAAUGCAGUCAGCUUUUCAUUACAAAAUCACAUUUAUCAAUAAAGACAUUGUGGCGUGUACCCACAGUGUUUGUGUUGAUUAGUUUGAAAGUUAAAUCGUGUUACGCAGAUAUUUCCGAUGAUGUACAGUGGAGCUUCAUCCCUCUGCACACAGUGAUGUCCAGUGUACAUCUGUUACACACUGUCCUCUAUACGUCAGCCACAGUGUUUGUUUUUCCCCUUAUCAUCUGUUUCUCAUGUUCCCAUGAUAACCCCACUGUGGGAUGCGCUUUAGCUGCAACUAUCUCAGGGUUAAACUGAGGUUGUCAUACUCCAGCUAACUUUAUUAUUCAUCUAAGUGCAUCGCUGGUUUCUCUCUCACAGUAUCUCGAGUGAUUCUUCAACAAAAUGAUCGUUAUUGCGCACACCGAGGGAGUUCAUGAACCAGCAACCCAAAGAGAGCAGUUUCAAAAAUUUCUAUUCCUAUUUUCAGAGAUAAAAUCAUGCCGUGACUGAAGUUAGGGCACAAAUGAACUCAGCAGUCACAGACUUUUAUUUUGGCAGUUGAUCAAGUUGUAUUGGAUUUGCAUGUGGAAAUCCCAGCAGCAGUUGUCAGACUUUGCCUCCGUCAUGACAUGAACUUAUCAUUAGCUUUCAAACGGACCAUUGUAAUGAUUGAUGGGGGAUACUAUGGUGACACGCAGUCAUGCAGAACUGAUCGUCCUGGCACUGAUUUCUGUAACAGAGCUCAGACGUUGAAAGUCAGCCAGGUUGCUGUGAUUAUGUAACAACCACUGCUCAAGUUGUUGGACCCUUGAGGAUGUAAAUAGCACUAGUGUAAAUACUUUUUUAUUCAGAGAUACUAGAAGUUGCUGCCUGGUUCUCCUUCUCUAUGCUGGUCAUUUUAGCCGUACUGACCCCUAGUGUUGUGUUACAAUACUGCAUCCAAGCUCCUCUACCAGCAUUUAUUAACCCACAUAACUGCUUGGUUUUAAUUUCCUCUCUUAGUUACGCUGUGAUCGCAUUCGGCUGCGCCAGCUGCCCAAAGAUCACCUGUGGGCGCGAGGGCUGUGGGACAGAGUUCUGCUACCACUGCAAACAGCUGUGGCAUCCAAACCAGACAUGUGACACGGCGCGGCAACAGAGGGCCCAAACCUUCAGGCUCAGGAGUUUCAGGUCCUCCUCCCUAAGCUACAGCCAAGAGAGUGGAGCCGCAGGUAACAAAACUAAGAAUAACAACACACCUAUCUUAUGCUCACGUAAGAGAGAUGAAUUCCUGGCAUACUGUCUGGUCUAUAAAUAAAUGCCAAAAAAACCUGUUUGCGAACUGUCUCUUUUGCUGUCCCUCAUUCAUUCCAAAGCAGGAGAUGACAUCAAGCCGUGCCCUCGAUGUGCCGCCUACAUCAUCAAGAUGAAUGACGGGAGCUGUAAUCACAUGACAUGCGCUGUCUGUGGCUGCGAGUUCUGCUGGCUUUGCAUGAAGGAAAUCUCUGAUCUGCACUAUCUAAGGUGAGAGAAACUACAGCAGGGAAAAAUGCUCAUCAACACUCUACAGGAACUACUGUUGUGUUUUUGUCCUUUUUGUAUAGAGCAUUUUUGUCGUCUUUCCUGCAGUAGUGUAGGGGUGGGGAUUACCAGUGGCCCCACAAUAUGAUAUUAUCAAGAUACUUGCGCCACAAUACAAUAUUAUCACGAUACUUGGGCCACGAUACGAUAUUAUCACGAUACAAUAUCAUCAAGAUACUUGGGCCACAAUACGAUAUUAUCAUGAUACAAUAUCGUCACGAUUCUUGGGCCACAAUACGAUGUUAUCGCAAUACUUUGGCCACAAUAUGAUAUCACGAUACGAUACCAUCCAGUUACUUUGGCCAUGAUACAAUAUUAUCACGAUACUUGGACCACAAUAAGAUAUUAUAAUGAUACAAUGUUAUCACAAUACUUGGGCCAUGAUACAAUGUUUUUAUGAUACUGUAUUAUCACAAUACCAUAUUAUCAUGAUACUUGGGCCACAAUAAGAUAUUAUCACGAUACUUGGGCCAUGAUACGAUAUUAUCACAAUACUUGGGCCACGAUAUGAUAUUAUCAUGAUACUUGGGCCAUGACACAAUAUUAUCACAAUGCAAUAUUAUCAUGAUACUUAGGCCGCGAUACGAUAUUAUCACAAUAGUUGGGCCAUGAUAUGCUAUUAUUGCAAUUUUUAACAUUUUGCGAUCCUUAUAUGUAUUUGUUGCACUAACUUUCUUCUGCUUUAUGAUUUCACCUCUGCCAACCUUAGAGGACAAAUAGUUGACUUUAUUUUUUCAUUGUCAUAGGUUUGACUUCAUAUUAACAAUUAAUUAAAAAAUAGAUACUUGGUAAAUGAGACAAUAUGAUAUAUCACCAGACAAAAUAUUGGGAUACUAUGCUCUAUCAAUUAUUUUCUCCCACCCCUACUAUAUUGUGUCUUUGAUUAGUUGGAAAGUCUGAAUGUGACAGACUCUUUUGAAGUCUUGGUAGUUGUACACCCAACUGCUCACAUCAUAUAUCCUCUUUGUCUAUGAACACAUGCAGCCCGUCAGGCUGCACCUUCUGGGGGAAGAAGCCCUGGAGCAGAAAGAAGAAGAUCCUCUGGCAGCUCGGCACACUGGUUGGAGCUCCCGUGGGAAUCGCCCUCAUAGCUGGCAUCGCUAUUCCCGCCAUGAUAAUUGGCAUCCCUGUCUAUGUGGGCAGAAAGGUGAGGGCCAGUGGCAGACAGCUGAGGAAUUAGAGAAAGUGGUCCAAGUCAACAGUUCAAACAGACAUAUAGAGGCAGUAAAUACAGAGAUUUGAUAUUUGAUCAUGAUUUUUUUCUCUGCAGAUUCAUAAUCGUUAUGAGGGCAAGGACAUCUCCAAACACAAGAGGAAUUUAGUGAUAGCUGGUGGCGUGACUCUGUCAGUGAUCGUGUCACCUGUGGUCGCAGCAGUCACUGUUGGUAAGAGAGAGAAGCAACAUUUUUUUUAACUUUCCUAUUUUCCUUUUUUCAAAUUCUAUGUUCUUUAUUUGCAAUUUAAAACCAACAUUUUCACCGCUCAAUUUCUCCUGCUCAUGUUUUUUUUUUUGUCUGCAGGCAUUGGUGUCCCCAUCAUGCUGGCUUAUGUCUAUGGAGUUGUACCGAUCUCUCUGUGCCGAAGCGGAGGCUGCGGGGUGUCGGCAGGGAACGGCAAAGGAGUGCGAAUUGAAUUUGAUGAUGAAAAUGACAACAUAGGCAGCGGGGCAGCAGCUACAGGUAAAAAUACUCAAACCAGCCAGGGUUUGAUUUCUGUCCCCUUUUUGAAAUGUUGCUACUUGUAUUUCACUCUGCUUUGCUUUCUUCCCACCAGUACUUUAUUUAAAAAGUCAGGCCUUUGUUAUCUUUUUAGAUUGAAGUAAUUCCAGUCUGGAUAGCCUAAACUUGCUCUUAUUUUCUAAACAUUGUCUUCCCAGUUGUACAGCCACUCUUGACUUUUUUGGCUUGUGUGUCAUUUUAAUGGUUCAAUCUUCUUUUGACGUCAUUAACAACCUCUGGUUACUUUGGUAAAUACCAACAGCAGGGCUGUGGUGUCAGUGUGUUCUGGCACCAUUACAACUUCUGAAUGGCUCACAGACGCACACGUAUGUCUGUCAGUGCCUUUGUGUGCAGUUCCAGUUGAUUCAUAGCUCAUCAACAGCCAAGACAGCUGACGGGAGAUGAGUCUUAGUGACGUGUGAUGGUGUGAAAUGACUGGAACAGUGUCAGUGGUUUUCCCUGUCAAACUGAUGCCCUGUGGUCUCGGUCAAACCGCUUUUGCGUUCCCAGGAAAUAUGCAGUGUGAUGGAUUGUGUUUCUCACAGCUUGUGUCAACACUGCCGAUUGUAAUUAUGAGGCAAAAUGACCACCUGGGUUUUGACCUUUUCAGGAACACAAAGUUUUAGACUUGAUGACUUGAUGCACACCAACCUGUAGUAGCAUGAUGGUUGUAAAGGCUUUAAAAGGCAGUAAAAUCGUUGAAAUAACUGACCUUACUUUCACUUUUGUUUGCUUUUGUCAUGAGGCCUUGUUUUGUUUAUUUUGUCUCAAAGCAAACUCGCUCUGUCCUUCCUUUUACCCUAUAAAAUCACACCCUCUCUGCAACCCCCCCUUUUCUCCAGACACAACCUCUGUGGCUGAAACGCGGCUCAACAACCCCAGCCUUGGAGACGGGGCGAGCGUUGGUGGCCUGACAGGCCUGAGCCUGAGUGUGAGCGGGAGCCACAUGGAGCGCUGUGGGAUGAGCUCCACUCAGCGGGACAACAUGAGUGACAACGCCAGCACAACAGCGCUCGCUGGGACCAGCAUCACUGGCAGCCUCUCGGGAAGCUGUUACAACAGGUAAUAGACCGAAGCUGGAUGAUCUCUCUAUAACUAAGGAUGAAGAAGAGCCCUGUUUAUUCUUACGUAUUAUUUAUACUUGCAGAGACUUUGCCAAGAUACAAUAUUAUCAUGAUACUUACGCCACAAUAUGAUAUUAUCACGAUACAAUACUAUCACGAUACUUGGGCCACAAUACGAUAUUAUUGCAACACUUGGGCCACGAUACAACAUCAUUGCAAUACUUGGGCCAAGAUACAAUAUCAUCACGAUACAAUAUUAUCACGAUACUUGGGCCAAAAUUAAAUGUUAUCACAAUACUUGGGCCACAAUACGAUAUUAUCGUGACACUUGGGCCACAAUACAGUGUUAUCACGAUAUGAUUUUAUCACGAUACUUGGGCCACAAUACGAUAUUAUCGCGACACUUGGGCAACGAUACAAUAUCAUCACAGUUCGAUAUUAUCACGAUACUUAGGCCACGAUUAGAUAUUAUCAUAUGAUAUUAUCAUGAUAUGAUAUUUUCACGAUACUUUGGCCGCAAUACUAACUUUCCCAGUAGCUGGGCCCCGAUGCGCUAUUAUUGCGAUUUUUAACAUUUUGCAAUCCUUCUAUAUAUUUGUUGUACUAACUGUCUUUGGAUUUUUUUUCCCAGGAUGGAAGUUCAGGCUGAUGUCCAGAAGGAGCGCUGCAGCCUGAGCGGAGAGUCAGCCACCGUCAGUCUGGGGACGAUCAGUGACAAUGCGAGCACAAAAGCCAUGGCGGGGUCCAUCCUUAAUGCCUACAUGCCUCUGGAAAGGUUAGCAGUCAGAGUUAAUUUGUCCCGCUGACUGCUGCAGCACAUUUCUGACCUAAUUUUAAAAUCCCUGUCCUAGUUUCUCCAGACACCCUGUGGUCAGAUUGUUUGAAUGAAAGUCAUUGUAAAGUUUUUUAAAAUCAGAACUUACUUUGUUGUGAGCUUUGACUCAUUGGAUAAUGCUGCAGGAGGCAAAUAUACGUUAAUGAGGGGUUAUUUAGUGUUUCUGGGUCGUUCCUUUAAUUUACUCUUACAACAAAUACAAGUGUAUGAACAUAAUAGGUACCAAUUAUAAAAGUGUGUGAUUAUGUUUUGCAGAGACAACAGUCUGGAGGUUCAGGCAGACGUGGAGUCCAAACAGGAGAAAGUGAGGCACUGUAGCGCCAGCAGCAGCCUGGAUGAAGCGAGCUGUAGCAGCAGCACUGCUGGUCUUAAAGGUGCUAGCGGAGGCGCGUGUUCAUGCCCCUCCACCAGCUGCUGUGCGCAGCAUGACCACCACUGCUGCCCCUGCUCCCUCCCCUCCACUUCAGGGGGCAAGAGGAGCAAAGGGAAGCUGUGGAAAAGAGGCAGCAGCAGUAGCAGCAGCAAAGGAGAAGCAAAGAUAAAUGAGACACGGGGGGAUUUGGACGCUCAGCUCCUGGAGCAGCGCAGCACCAACUCCUCUGAGUUCGAUUCACCGUCCCUGAGUGGCAGCCUGCCCUCUGUGGCAGACUCGCACUGUAGCCACUUCUCGUCAGAGCUCAGCUGCUCCGACCCUGAAACUUCAAGACCAGCUCAUCCCCCCUGCUCCUCCACAUCAGACCCCCAACCUCAGCCCUCCGCCGCCGCCGCUGCCUUUAAUGAUGUCACUAUCACACCCAUGCCUGAGGUGGAGCACGACCGCCUGGAGCAUUAUCCACCUCAGAGCAGCCAUGCAGCCUUCACACACCGCCUGCUGUCCACGUCUCCACCUGCAUCGCCAAAAGAGGGGAGCAGCGGGACAUUUUUGUACAUCAGCGAGGAGAGCGGAGGAGCCUUGGUCGACACGGAGGCAGAAGAGAAAGAGGAGAAAAUGACAGAGAUCACCAAAAACACUACAGCACAGCCUGUUAGCCCAGCAAGGAAGCGCUGUAUACAAACAGACAUCUGAAGGAACUCUCUUUGGGUGUUUUAGCGGUGUUACCACUGCUAAGUCUGUUAGCCUUAUCACUUAAUUUCACUCCUGGGUAAAGCAUCUUUUGAAGCUUAAGGCUAUGAGUCUAAUUAUAUUUUUAUCGGCUGUGGAGGCGGGAAUGUCCUGUGAAUGUCAGUCUUUACAGUUAAAGGAGAGUCCAGGUCCAAGUUAGAGAGAGAGAUUUACGAGGAAAGUGAACAAGAGGUCAGAAAAGUCAAAGCUAGAUUAGUUUGAAGCAGAAGUUUUAUUCUGCCGUUGAAGCGUCACAUAAGCAGCAAGCCUUCGAUAGGUAGAGUUGAAUGUACGUGGACAGGUUUGGUUGGUGAGACACUGCAGAAAGCCCAUUCAGCUGUCAUGAUGAUCUGCAAAGUCAGUCCCCCACAAAUCGCUCUAAUGAGAGUUCAAAUCGACAAAGAGCAGAACUGAUAAAGCUGGAUAGGAGCAGGUCAAGUGUCUGGAUAGUAAAGCUGAGCUGCUACCUUAAAUCCCGAUUCUUUUUUUCCUCUGUUAUAUCUGCAAAAUCAGUUUUUUUUCUCUCUCUGGGGGUUUGCAUGAAUCAGGGAUAGAUGCGUCAUCACUGUGGUCCACCGCUGUGCCACUUCUUCACUCUGCUACUUCCGAAAAAACGGCAUGAGAAACACCACACAGCUUAAGGAUUGUGGUACCUAACAGGGACCAGUCCAUUCAGUAGCAAAUUUUAUAUUUCCGUAAUCAUCUAUAGAAAAAUAUAAUUGUUGCUUUUGUUUAAAAUGUGACUCUUUGUUUUUUGUGCUUUUGUCUUUUUUGCUUAUUUUUAUUUUCCAUUUUGGGAAAGUUGGUUUUAAUGUCAAGCCCUGUGUUGGGUCCACAAUUUUAGUCUCAUUAGGUGAGAAUUGCAUAUACCCUCUUUACUUUCAAAUGAAGACAGUCCCCGAUCCCUUUUUUUUGUCACCACAGUUUUUAUUGAUUCAUCAAAAAGCUUUAUUAUUAAAGAAAGGGAAUUUAAGUUAUUCCUUGUAACCUAAAAAAAAGCCCAAUGUUAAUAAUAAAAAUGUAGCAUCUUUUACAACUUCCACGAACCAGUCACAAUCGAACUGGAAAGUCAACCAAACAAAGUAUUUGCAAUAAAGAAACAAAGCUUUCACUCGGAGCUGAUGUGUCCACUCAGCUCUGAAACGCAUAAAGGUGCAAUGAGAAACUUUCUCGUAUGUAUUUGAGCGCCUCCAUCUCUCAUUGACACAAUAUUUACUAAUGAAUGUAUGACGAUAGUGGGGUUACACUUUUGAUUCACAGUAAAAAUUAAAAACAGUUUAAAAUUCUUCUUGUUAAUCUUAAAGCAUUGGGUUUUAAUUUUGUUUUUAAAGUGAUUCAUGCAAGUAAUGUUCUCUUUGUUGGACCCGCAGUGCCUUUGGGGGGGGAGGGAGAAAAUCCUUUAUAAAGUGUUUUUAUUUCUCAUGAUGUAUGUCUUCAAAUGAUAAACAUAAAGGUCACAAUAGAAUGAAAUAUACUUGCCUAACAAAAUGCAUGAAUACUAAUGCCUCAUACCUCCACCUCCCCUGAGUGACAGUGUUAGCAAUCAUCUUAGAUUGUUUAGCCCACCAAAGACGGCUUUCAGGAGACCACAUUCAGGCCUGUGACACUCAGCAAACAGCUACAGAGAUGAUCUUACUCUGGUUACAUCGACUAGUUUCGCCUAAAAUGACCAAAAAUGACAAUAUAACCCCAGAUGAAACCUUUUAUUAGUAAAUCUUUAAAUUCAAGACCAAAACAUUAAAGUCCAAGAUACUCGAAGAAGUCUUUGGAAAUGUUUGAAAAGUUAACCUGGAUUGUUCAUUAGCAAUAAAAGCCUGUAUUCAUCCAAAGCCUUGAUCAGGUUUUAUUCAGUGGUUUGCUAAGUUGUCAGAUGUAGAGUGGGUCAUCAGAAGAGUUGGUGCACCUCGAAAGCCUCCAGCUGCAGAAGUUUCUCACUUGUUUUUGUUCUUUCUGUAAAAGAUGCCUGAUAAAUUUCAGAAUUUUGUAUUAUUAUUUGAAGACUAGUUCCAGGUCUGUUUUCUAACUUGGUCAAAAGAAGCUUUUGCUCUUUAAAAAAAAGUAUAUAUUCCCUAAUUAUCUGCUUUAUAAUGUGCAUGUAAAUGCAUAUCCUUGAACAAUAAAAUUUUCAAUCAAG